GGGUUAACCUAAGGCAUGAAUUAAUCCCCUCACUUGGAAAAUGCCGGAGAAGUUUCUGAGUCAAACACAUAAGUUACCGGAUUUCUAACCGCUAUUAUUAUUCAACCACCCUCGAGCCACCCCUCAAUAAUAAUAUGGGGACGAUAUUUCAUGGCGAACAAACAUGGAGGGGCACAUAUGGCCAUGUGAGACGGUUAAUCGUUCUGCCCCCUUCAUCGUCUCGGUCCCGUCCAUAAUGCGAAAUUAUCAGCAAUUCUCCCUCAGGAAUAUUCUCGUCAACACAUCUUUUACUUGUCCAAACGAUUGAAUUCUACAAUAAAGUCAAUCCAUACAGAAGACUCCAAACAGUCCCACUACAGCAUCCUCAAUCAUGGCACCCAUCCCCGGUAUUCUGUAUGUUACCAUGCAGCCUCAAGAAUCACUUCCAGAUUCUCAGUGGCACGACUGGUACAACAAUGAACAUGGACCUCUCCGAUUGCGUCUUCCCUUCGUCACAAAUGGUUUCCGCUACCGCGCAAGCGACUUGUCGUCUACAAAGCCAGCUUCAACAUCGCAUCCAGAAUGGAUGGCCAUUUACGAUGUCACAGAUAUGGCAGCCAUGAACACCGAUACCUAUCUUCGACUCCGCGGGCCCGAAGUCAAGACCGAUAGAGAAAAAGAAACAAUGGCACAGAUUAAGGUGGACAGGAAACUAUAUGAUUAUAUUAGUGGCAAGGAAAUCGACGGAUACAAGAAAGUGGAGGAAGUGGGGUAUGAUGAGGGGAAUUUCGUGGUGACUUCUACAGCUGAAGUUAAGGAGGAGUUUGACGAAGAAUUCAACAAGUGGAUGGAAGAAGAACAUUUAUCAAUGAUUGCAAAGAUUCCAGGUUGGAGACGCACAAGGCGCUUUGUUACGAGCAGCAUCCUGGGAGGCAAAGAAGGAAAGGAGUAUUUGAACAUAAUUGAAUUCGCUCCUCGAAACGAUGCAUUCGGGGAAGCAUUUAAAGCCGUUGGUUCGACAGAAUGGGCCAGGAGACUCACAUCAACCGCUUUGAAUUCCUUUAAUUCUAGGCAGUACAAUUUAUACUACACAUUCGGUGCCGCACCUCGAGAUAUUUCCAACUUUUCGAAAUCCUAUUCGACUAAUUGGAAAUCAAUUGACGGAAAGACAAGCACUGGACCAAACACCAUUGCCGAAGGGGGAGCCAUCGAAUCAUACAUAACAACAAAGGAUGGAGUUGAUCUUGCAUACCGACUUGAAGGAUCUCCUGACCCAACCGCUCCCCUUAUUAUCCUCAGCAAUUCCAUUCUUGUAAACUAUUCAAUCUGGACACCCUUCAUCCAAGCAUUCCUUGCAUCACCCACUGGCAAAAACUACCGCAUUCUCCGCUACAACUCCCGUGGACGCACAUCAAACGCCGGCUCUUUACCCGUAACCGUUGAUCUUCUUGCUUCCGACAUCAUUCAAAUUUUAGAUACUCUACGUGUUCCUAAAGCAGCUUGUCUAAUUGGUGUCUCACUCGGCGGUGUCACCGUUCUCAACACUGCACUCAAAUACCCCACUCGUGUUAAUGCUUUUAUAUCUUGCGAUACAAAUGCCUAUGCUCCUCCUUCUAACCCCAAAGCCUGGGAUGAGCGCAUCGCCAUGUCUGCGGCUGAAUCUGCCAAAUCAUCCAACAAUGAACAGAUUGUGGGCUCAGAAUUGGCGGAAAUCACAACGCGCAGAUGGUUCGUAGCAGAAAAUUACGAGAACGAGACGUUGAAGAAGAGAUUCGAGGAUGUGAAGAAACAGGUUGAGGAAAAUAGUUUUGAGGGAUUCCAAAAAGGCGUAAAGGCUCUUUAUCAGUAUGAUAUUAGAGAAGAGAUGAAGAAUCCAGGGGUUGACAAGGCCCUAUUUGUGGUCGGUGGUAGUGAUGGUGUUUUGCCCAAGACAAUGAAAGAGAUGGCAGGUAAUUAUGGAAAGGGUGUUGAGUGUAAGGUUAUUGAAGGCGCAGGACAUUUACCAAUGGUCGAAAAGCCAGAGGAGUUUGCUACUGUUGUAGCUACAUUUUUGGGUUAGCUUACAUUCAUGUCGAGUUGUUAAGUAGUUAUUAGAUGAUCGAAUGUUAUCAUCAUAUUUCAUCA